UGCAAUGUGCUCGGAUAAGUUGUGAAGUGAAUUUUUAGCUGUUUCCCUACAACUAGUUAAAGCAAUCCAUCUCCCCUACCCCUUAUUACAGAAAAUUAAUUGCUGUUGCCCGACCGGCCAUGUAAGUGAUUUGUGAAACGUGCUUCUUGUUUACUAUAUUGGUCCACAGUUGUUUACUAAUUAUAAGGUCAUUUACUAAUUAUAAGUGUUUCUCUUUCAGUUGGUCUCAGAAGUCUAAGAUUGAGCGGAAGAAAGAAGCAGAUAUGUACACAGCUGCCGCCACUACCACCACCACUACCAUUGCUCCUACUAACACCAAUACCACUCCUACCACAGUUGCAUCCAGUACUACCACCACAACCACCACAGUUGCAAACAUUGACCCGCAAUCUUUUACAGGAAUAACUCUGGAUUUGAUCCUCAAACGUUUCAUGGAAUGUGAAGAUUUCCUCACCUCUGAUCAUAAAGACUGGAACACCAUUUCUCGCAUGGUUCCACAUACGACACCUCUUCAAUGUGCCCACCGUUUUGAAGAACUUCUCGUUAAGGACCGACACAUGAAUCCAAAUAACUACCCUUCUGAAGGUUUGAAUCAUCAACAGUUGCCCCCACAAGAAAUUCAAGGGUCAAGCAUUGACCCCCUCCUCACCAAAAAAGCCCCAAUUGGACAUCCAAAAUCCAAAGGUUUUAAAGAUAAAGAACAUCAUACAGAGAAGCCCACAUUCAUCCCAGAAGACAUAACAGAAAAAGUGUCAAUGAUGAUAAUCAGAGUUUAUGAUGAAGCUAAAGAUGUUGAACAGCAUUUCCAGUGUCCCCGCAAUAUUUUGAUUGAAGAAAUGAAAUACUUCAAAGAAUAUCUGUCAGCAGACCCCCAACAACUGAGAGAAGAUUUUGAUAUUUCAGUCCAUUGUGAUAUUCAGAUUUUCGAUUGGUUGAUCAGAUAUGCCAAGAGGAACCUAACGAAUGCGGAGCCAGUUUUGGAUAUCGAUUCCAACAAUAUCAUUUCUUUGUUGAUUUCUUCUGAUUUCCUCAAGAUGGACAGUUUGGUCCAGAAAUGUAUCUCCUAUAUCCAUGACAACCUCUCAGACAUCCUACGUGCUCCUAGCAACAUGAACUGCAUCAACGAUAAAUUAGUAACAAGGAUUGCUGAGCUUUUUAACCACAAUGAAAUUGAGGACAUCAAAGACAAAAAAGAUAAAUUUAAAAGCAAAUUGUUUUCAAAAAAGAUUGAAAGACUCUUUGAUUCUUCUCCAAAUUUGAAACCAAACCCUGAUUCCCCAGGCAGUGGCGUUUACUUAUUUAGGUGCUGCUAUUGUCAGAAAAUUCUUCUUCCGAAAUAUUCCCAGCGAAUAAGAUGUGCCCCAAGCAGGUUGUCUGUGAAUGAAACUGGUGAACUUGUAUAUAACCAUGAUACCGAUAUGACCUUUGACAUCAAUGAGUUCAUCGUGACAUUGAAGUCACAAAUGGUGACCUGGCGAAAUGUUUACUGGAGACUGUGGGGCUUGGUCAAUUACCUCCACUGCACAUGGUGCAAUGAGAUGUUUUCAUGUGCUCAGUUUGGUCACUGUCUUUAUCAUCCUGAGGAACCACAAUUUCAGACUGCCGCCGGCAGGGAUGGCGAAACUGUGUCUUCGAAGCUGGUCUCACCAAUUGGACAUUACCCUUGCUGCAACCAAACUGUGUGCCGAUUUGACCCUGCAAACUUAAAUCUGGGCUGCCAAGCAAGGGACCACAUUGUGAAACCCCUGGUAAACAAGGAGGACAGCACCAAGGACACCUCAGAAGAAACAUGUAAUUUAUUCAAAGAUUUGAUUGCACAUCGGGACAUCAUUAGUAUUUCUUAUAACAACACAAAUGACUUUUAUUUAAACAAUGAAGUGGAUGUGUUUUCAAAUGAAAAUAACUUCAAGCAGACUUUUCCUACAUUUAGUGGAACAUUCCAGCAACCAAAUUCCUCAGAAGAUGACACAAAGUCAGGGAAGCCAAGACCAGUCAGCAGACAAAGACAGCAGCAGCAACCACAACAGCAAUCACAACAGCAGCAGCAGCUGCAGCAAGCAAUGGAGAGGUGGGAGUCAUCUGAUCUGGAGGGUCCACAAUACAGCCAGGAUGAAAGUGAUGAUGAGAUUGGAGACAAUGAAGUGAUGAAAGCACCAAGAACUCAUGUGAAGAAGAACCAGGUCAACCAUACUCAAAACCUUUUGUUUGAUGCUCCAGAAUUUCAACCGACUCAAAAGUCUUUGUGGAACACACAGCGAUCUGUACGACAUAACCAAGAUGCUCAAAGACAGGAAGAUCAACGGCGGAUGAAGGAGAUGAUAAUGUAUUUGACAAAACUGAGAUUGGACACAGAGAAAGUUGAGAAACCAAAGAAAGAGUAUCCAGCAGGCAGCUUCAGCCGAAUUGAAGGUCAAUGGAGAAAUCACAUAUUACCAAACAUGAAGAAUUUAAACCAGCCAUUUGCAAGAGCCAAAUUUCGUUUUGGACCCAUCAAGUGAAUCUGGAACAGGGAUGAAGAAGAAACUCAUUUAUCAUCUAAAGUAACUAAUUACGUGCUGGAUUAAGGAUUAACAAUUGUCUGUUCUGGGCUGAUUCUAGAUUUCUAGUCUUACAGGCAAAUUGGGCUCACAUUUACUUGUGCCUUCUCUGCGGUAAAUGCUGUAGCAAAGAGUUUGUGUACAACAUCAAUGUUGGCAGGGUUUAACAAAUUGUCAACUCAUAUAUUCUUUUAGGCACAUUGGUGGAAGAAAACACCUCCUUCUUGCAAUACAUUUGGUGACAAAAAAAAAAAA